AUGGCCCCCUUGUUGAAGGCACCAGAAACGCCGUGGCCCACGGCCCGUGUCAAUGGAAACGAACUCAGCCAGCACUCCCGACGAGAGUCGCUGGAAAUGCCCACAAGCUCUGAUCCAGACGAGUUGGCAUCCUUGCUGAACGUCUUGAUCACAGACAACCCAAACGACUUCCCGUUUCAGCAGAACAACGUCCAGCAGGUUGUCGUCCAGAGUGGCGAGAUAGUUCGUGAACUGGUCGAUCACAGCUAUCCCAGUGCCGUCUCCAGGUACUUGCAAUUUGCUGCGAGCUUCUUUGGCAUUUUCCACCAGCUUGGCUUCUUUCCGUGCAAUCACCACAAACAACACCUCGGAAAUCAGAUCGUACAACAACGGCACGUCUCGAUCUCUGCUUUUGAUUCGUCUGGGAAGUCGACGUCGUCCUCAGAAGUGAGGUUCGACGUGAGGUUCGACGUGUUUGACUCGGAAAGUGGGUCCACGUCCUCGAAAUUCGAAACAGAGUAUGCUAGACGACUCGUUGGAUUUGGAAGACUAUUGAAGUCUGCUUGGUCGAUACUGGAUGUGGCUGGACAACUUGGCACGCUGGCACGCGGCACCGCAGAGAAUGCAGACGAAGACGAAGACGUGGACGCAAUGGAACUGCGGUGCAUGUUCGAGCUCUUGGAGGUCAUGGCCAGUUUCUCAAACCCAAACGACGAGUUCUGUCGAGACGUGGCGGACUCUCGACGAGAAGGGCCCACCGAAUCUCUGCGCGAUGUUGUUGGCACGUUCAAGGAGCUGCGUCUGGACGCAGGAACGGACCCAUACGUAGGUGUUCCUGGACCAGGAGUUGUUCUUCCAGAGUCCUGGAAAGGAUAUCUGAAAGUUGGAGCUCUCAAGUCGCUACCCUUCUGCAAACGCAGCGAAGGGAUGCUUUCUGUUUCGGAGUUGACCGUGCUAUGA